AUGAUCAAUCUGAGCAGCGGAGUAUUCUGCUUCCCUCCUACCCCAGGCUCCCAUAUCCUCAAGCUUGCCCGGCAUGGGUAUGGAUUUGGCAACGAGACUACUGUUCAGGAUGAUGGGUUCCAGCGAACAAUUUCGUCUCCAAAGUUUGACAGUAGCAAUGCGCAGACAGGGUAUCUUCCCGAUGAUGCGGAUGAGGGUUUACGGGACGGUUUGCGCAGAUUCUUUCCCAAAUUUGCCGACCGUCCUUGGACGAACCGCCGUCUUUGCUGGUACACGGACACCCCGAAGGGUGAUUUUAUCAUUGAUUAUCAUCCGGAUAUGCAAGGACUUUUCGUGGCCACUGGUGGAGCAGGACAGUAA